AAAACUUGGCGACCGUAAACAAAUCGAACUCAAAGAAAACAGGAUCAAAAUGGAGCAAAGGCAGUGUCGCCUUUGUUUAACGAUUUUACAGGUUUUUAACAAAACCAUACACGACGACUGUUUUCGCGAGAAACUACAAGAUGUAUUCUUCUUUGAGAUUGUUGCAAACGAAACGCUACCGGUUCACGUGUGCGAGGCGUGCGAGAGUGUGGUUUCCGCUUUCCACUCGUACUACAAGCAAGUGGAAGCCAAUCAAAAACGGCUACACGAAACCAUCCGGGAUGAGCUGACUUCGGUGGAAAAGGAUACACUCGAGCCGAUGUAUGAUACAGAGUUUUUGGACUGCGAAGUUAGGGACGAGCUGCUUCACAGUCCUGACGAGGGCAACAUCGUGGCGCAGAAGAGUGCUGCAAAUGAUACGAUGUUGCUAACGAUUUCAUGCCAAAAAAGCUUGGAAAUGUUGGACGAUGGAUCGGUACUCAGUUUUAAGCAGGAGGUGGAAUCGGAACAGGAAGACGAAAGCGUGCUGGAUGCCAAACAACAGCCAGAUGUGGACGAGCGUGAAGAGGCAGAGCAGGAGGAGGGGGAGGAGGAGAUCGAGGAAGAAGAAGAAGAAGAAGGCAAUGAUUCAGAACAGGCAGUGCCGGGGCAUAAAUUGCGCCGGACCCACACCCCAACGUCCAAAGAGAAAGUCCGCAGAAGGCGGGAGACGGAUAGAAAGGCAGACCAAGAGAUCAAAAAGUUCUACACACUGGAGUGCGAAAUUUGUUCCAUUGCGCAGAGUGACUUCCCGAAACUGCUGGCGCACUACCAGAGCCAGCAUGGCGUUCGCGGUUACAUGCGCUGCUGCAACAAGCAGUUUUUCUAUCGUCACGCCAUACUGGAGCAUAUAGAGAACCAUCGGGGGGAAAUCAAGUGUGAGAUUUGUCAAAAAACGUACAAAACGCGCCGCUAUCUGGCGCUGCAUUUCGCCAAAAGCCACGGCAGCGAAGAGGAUCGUCCGUACAAAUGUGCCACCUGCGGUUCUAGCUUCCCGAAGCGGUAUCUGCUGCGGGCGCACGAAUCGCUGCACGUACAGGAAGCGUGCCCGGUAUGCAAGAAGGUCCUGUCCAGUAAUCAUGCACUGAAGGUGCACAUCUCGCAGAUGCACACGAACGAUACGCACCACAUAUGCGCUACCUGCGGUAAAACAUUCCGCACGAAGGUAUCGAUGGAUCGUCACAUGAAGGAGCAUCUGGGAUUACCUUGUGAGGAGAAAGUUCAGUGUGCGCAGUGCAACAAGUGGUUCCACGGUAAACACAACCUCAAGAAGCACGUUCGAUUUAAGCACAUCGAAGUUGGGCAGCUGUUUCGGUGCGAGAUCUGCCAGCACGAGAGCCCCAACAGUCGGGCACUGUCGUACCACAAGCAGCGCGUACACGUGGAGGAAAACUUCGCGUGCGAAUUCUGUGGCAAGCGGUUCAAGCGGAAGCUGUAUCUCCGCGAGCACGUGGCGUCACACACCGGCAAUCCGCUCUACACUUGCAACAUCUGUGGGGUCAAGUUUAAUUCACACGCGAACCAUUUUACGCACCGGAAAACGAAACAUCCGGUGGAAUGGGAGGCACAGAGGCGGUUGAAAUCGGCACAAGAGAUGAGCAAAGACACUGUCACGCUCGAUAAUGUCGUGUAGAUAAGAAAUAAA